AUGGGUGAAACUUACAUUCAGGUCAACAUUUACGAAAACUCUUUACAAACUCUUUCGGAGAAAACCAAUGAUUUAACCGAAAUUCUGGUAAAAGAGACCGAAAUGCGUAUUUCUCAUUAAAAAAUAAAUUUCAGAAGACACAUGGAUUCACCAGAUUUUCGAUUGGAGAGGUGCGCACCGCGAAAAACUAUCCAGAAGUCGGACAAGAAGUUAAAGAAACGACGAUAGAGUUGGAUGUCUCAGUUGUGAAGAACGGGAAGCAACAGCUGCCCCGCUCUUCCACUCCGAUUUCCACCGAUUUCAACCUUCCGUUGCUUCCUUCUUUCGGAAUUUCUCGAAUUAGCACAUGUGGAAUGGACGGAAUUCAAAAGAGAAUUCCUUGGAGGGGUGUCGAUAGGUGGGUGAAAGUUCAUAAUUUCAUUUUAAUAUUUGUUUUCAGAAGAAAUCGUCUCAAACGUCGCACAACAGAAAUUCCGCCGAAAGAAGAAAAACUACGAAGAGAAAAAUCGGCUCCAGCGAACCUGCUCGCGGAAGGUGAACCUGAAAAGACAUCUCAGACUGACGAGGUUGGUUUCUAAAGAAAACAACAAAAUGUAGUUUGUUCAGAACUCGUCUAUCAAUUCGGGAGCUCAGGAAGAAGAUCAUUACACGACACCGAUGACAACAAGUGAAGUUACUGAUCUUGUAGGGAAUCAAGUUGGAAUAAAAAGAGAAUGCUGGGAUUACGGCCCGAACGGCAUUAUCAGGAACCUGGACGGUUUUCCGUCUCUUCUCGCAGAGAACAGAAUUACGGAAGGGACUCCGAGCUCCGACUCCGGUUCUCUGCAGAACGCCACUCGCCUUCUUGAGCAGUUCGAGUCCGUCAUCGAAACGAUUGAUCCGAUGCGAAAGUAUCCAUCGAUCCAUGACCUGUUCGCACCCAUCGCUGGUCUUUCUCAGUUCGCGACUGUAGCGAUGGACCGUAGAGAAACGAGCUCUUACCGUCCUCAAAUUUUUGAAGGAACCCGCAAUUUCAAGCAAGAAUGUAAGAGCAAACAUGUAUAUAAUAAUGAUUUUGCGUGUACUUUCAGUUGCUCGAAUAGAUACGCCAAGAUUUGAAGCGGCUAACGAUGAGAACAGAGAGGAAGCAGUGGAAGAGUACGGAACUGAGGAACGCGCUUACGGAGACGACGAAUCGGAGGAACAGGUGGAGGAACGCGUAGGGAAGCCGGCUGAGGAGCUGGUAACAAUCAAAUGCGAAUUCCGGGGCUGCAUGAAAUCGUUUAAAUGGAAGAAAAAGUUCGGAAAGCUUCAACUUCUGGAUCAUGCCCUUCUGCACGGAACUAAAAAAAUGAUUCACUGUCGGAGCUGCGGAUGCACAACGAUGACAACUCGUCAGAUGAAGAACCACAUGACGCAGGCCCACCCGGGACAGCGAUUCAGUGGAUACGGAAUGAAAGAGUGAGACCCUCCGAGCGUCCCGUGUAUUGCAACGUCCCGUGUAUUGCAGUCUGAACAUUCCGGAAACUCUUUCAAACAAUAUCUGGAGAUUGUGUUUUUCAAGUUUGGAAACUUUACAUUUCAAAAGAUAAUUGCUGGUUUCAGAGCAUUUGGAGACUAUUGGAAUUCCGAGGACCACAAAGAGAGCAUGCAGAAGGAAGCGGGAAAAGCCGGGAAGGCCACCAGCAAGUGCGCUUUGAGUGAAACGGAACCGUUGUAUCCCUAAAUUAUAUUUGUAUUGUUCGUAUUAACUCUGUUCCAUUAAAUCUGUUUUAUUAACAUUCUUGCGCAGUGCUAUUUCUGUUUCUUGUCAAACUCCCUUACCUUUUUAAUUAUUUUCCAAACGGAUUCCAGCAUUGUUUCCAGUUUCGAAGAUGGAAGAUUCGUGCACGAGCUACGUUCAAAUCAACAUUUACGGGAAAAAAUUGGAGCAACUGAAGCGGAAGGGAUUCGACAUGACCGCGUACCUCGUGAGUAUUGCGUUUUGUCCUCAUGCACGAAAAUUGCUCCACAGGCUAAAUUCGGUUGUGACAAAUUCUGGAUGGGCGAUAUCUCAUUAUGCGAAUCGUCGACGAACAGAACUUCCGACAAUAUCAGCAAUGGAAAAGAAAACUCUGCUAUUAUAGACGCAACAACUGUUCUGAGCGUCUCCGUUUCGGACGUUAGAGUGAGUCCUGACGUUGCGAACCCAGAUAACAAUGUUCUCACAGUUCCCGAGAACUUCCACUCCUAUUCACUCGGACAACUAUCCCAGCCUCGAGCAGAUUCCUGUUUCCAAUAUCAAACGGGUGGAAUCCACAGAACUGACUCAAUACGCAACGGUUGAUCAAAGUGAGAAUACAUCGAGAGCAAGCGGCACCGUUCGGAGAUCACUUCAAACGACGGAAAGAAAACUGGGAACUGUAACCGACGAACCGACUCUCGGAGAAUCACUGAAUAUGCGAACGGAAACAGAGUAAGUGGAAUAGACUAGUGAGGAAAGGUUGGAUGAAUUCAGGUAUCAGCCACCUACGAUUCGCUCCAAAAGCAGGAACAUCAUUCCAAAAGAGGAAGUUGAUAACAUAGCGCAACCUGCUCCGCCUCCGAGCCAGAUGAAUCCACCGUUCACGGAGAAUCUGACGUCAGGCAAUGCGCUCACGCCGGUAGAGAAAAAGUCUUUUCACACCACCGCUUUUAGAAACUAUAUCAAAUUCUUCGACAGAAAAAGUAAUUUAGAGAGAGCUCUACUCAUUGAUCCCAUUUCCAUCCACUUCGGGUCGAAAAAACUCGGAACGAGUGCUGUUUGACAUGGAGCCAAUGCAUCUGCGGCAGUUUUCACAGCACGAUUACCCUGCGAACCAAGAAUUUAACACGAGUUUCCGCACGUACUACUCUCAAAAUUUGAGCGCCGAGAGCUACGAAGAAAUUGCGGAUGAACGUGUUCCCAGUUCACGUUUUCAUAUUUCAAUAUUUCUUUUCAGCAAUACAUCUCGGCGACACGGAUGUAAUUGACUACAGAAAUUCAAAAGAGCACAGUUAUGUAUCGGUAGAUUACGGAAAUGUUGCGGAAAAGGGUGAUGAAACGGAAGAAGAAGUUAUCCGUCCGAUGGAUGUCUCGGCGGAAAAUAAUGCUCCAGUCGCGAAAAGCCAGAAGAGCAAAGGAUAUGUCAUUCAAUGUUUCUUCAAGGUAAAUUAGAUGUAUUUGAAGUUGAAAAAUGUAUAAUUGAAGAACUGUGGAAAAUCGUUUUCGUGGAAGGCGAAGUACGGAAGGGUUCGGCUGAUCGACCAUGCACUCACGCACCUUCCCGGCCAGGAAAUGAAGUGCAGUGCUUGCAAGUUCACAUGUCAAACUAUUCGAAACAUGCGGUACCAUAAUAAACGUAAACAUCGUGGAGAAAACGUUGACGGAAUCAGAAUCAGAAAGUUGGCCAAAACAGCCCCAGAGCUCAACUAAAAGCAUCUUUUCAGAGUGAUAAACUCCUCGCAAACUAAGGAAGCUCUGGCAAAAGUUUGGGACAUAUGCUACAAAAGUUAGAGGAUUUCAUGAAAUACGGAGUCAUUUUUGCAUUUCAGAGAACGGCGAAAUCCUGGGAAACACCGGUCCUGGCUCAAGCGCCGUAAAACGAAGUGCCAGCAGAAGAAAGAGAGGACGGAAAGCAGGGAACAAGUAG